AUGUCGCUCAGCGGGCCAGCCGGCCCCAUCAAUGCAGAAACAGCUGACAACUUCGAGGAGAUUGAGAAGCAGUUCGCUGUCAAAGUCGUCGAGCACAUGUCAACGUACUGGUCCCUCCUCGAAGCGAUACCCGGCUCGAAGCUCAAGCUCACCAAGUACGACGACGAGAUCCUCGCACACUUCAACAAGGAGUUCCCAGACUUUGACCUCAAAGCCACGAUCGUCGAGGAUGAUAUGAAGAGCAAGGCAGGCAAGGAGAAGUGGCGGAACUUCAUCAGCGAGUAUGAGCACAAGAUCGAGGACUACAACUUUGGUGCGAUGCUGCGCGCGAACCCAACGUGGGAGUAUGGUGAGAAGGAGACGAUCUUCGCUAUGCGCAUGCAGUUCUAUGCGAUCGAGAUUGCGAGGAACCGCGCUGGCCUCAAUGACUGGGUCCACGAAAAGGCGUCCGCGGCGAAGGCGUCAUAG